AUGAUAAACAAAUUCGUGAAUCGGAGCGAUUCGAAAUUGUGUCGGCCUCAAACUUUGGAACAAACAGGCAGUGUCGGUCCACCGAGGCAGUAUCGGCCUCAAACUUUGGAACAAAUGGCCAGUGUCGGACCACCGAGGCGGUAUCGGCCGCAAACUUUGGAACAAACGGCCAGUGUCGGCCCACCGAGACAGUAUCGGCCUCAAACUUUGCAACAAACGGGCAGUGUCGGCCCACCGAGGCAGUAUCGGCCUCAAACUUUGGAACAAACGGGCAGUGUCGGCCCACCGAGGCAGUAUCGGCCUCUAACUUUGGAACAAACGGGCAGUGUCGGCCCACCGAGGCAGUAUCGGCCUCAAACUAUGUAA